GGUUCUCAAAUUUUUUUUGGAGUUGUAAGAUUCAUCACGCUGAAUCUUGAUUGUAAGAACAGAUUUGUGUACAAAAUUGGGUUUUCCCUGUUUUGAAUUGAUUGUGUUUUCUAGAAUUAUUUGGUUAUUUGAUGGGUGUUUAGCUAUGCGUUUCAGCGGACUUCAAUUGGAAUUAUUGCGUUUUUAUUGGAUUUAUUUGGGUUUUCUCUUCCUUUAUAUUGGAAGUACAUAUGAGAAGUUACUGGUUUUUUUUAUCUUUACUAAUUGAUUUUUAGUGAUAUUAUCUGAGAGCUGAUAAGGGUAUUUCUGCUCCUCGAGUUGAAAUAUUUCAUUUGUCCUAUGAGCUUGAAGUAUUUGGAGCUGAGAAAACUAGGAAUGAAGACAGUUCAUAUUUGUUAAGGACUAAAGGUAUCUGUUUCUCCUGAGGCCUACCGAAUUCUUUUAGUUCAAGCAUUCUGCUACGCAUUUUGCCCGAAGAGGGGGUGAAACUUUUAGUUUAAAAUCAGAAUCUACAUCGUUAGUUUCGGAAGCUUUUCAAUCUGUUUUCUUCUAGAGAUGGGCGCUGCAGGCUCUAAGAUUGAAGAUGAUAAAGCCCUUCUAGUGUGCCGUGAAAGAAAACGGUUUGUUAGACAAGCUCUUGAUGGAAGAUGCUCACUAGCAGCUGCCCAUGUUGCGUACAUACAGUCUCUCAGAAACACUGGAACUGCACUUAGGAAAUUUAUUCAACCGGAAGUCACUUCAGAAUCUUCACUGUACACUACAUCAACCUCUGCAACUCCGGAACCUCUCGCUCUUACCGACAAAUCCAACUCUCAUUUCUCAAACUCAUCUCCGUCUCUUUCUCAGCAUGUAGAAACUAGUGAACCUUUCUCUCCGGUUCCUUCUCCACCCAACUCAGCGAGAGUUCAUGUCAAUCAUAUGAAAGCUGUGAGGAUCAGUUCAAGAACUAUUGAGGAGAGACCAAUGGUUUCCGUAACGGCUACUGUUAAGCACACUGAAUCAGAAUUAGAUGCGUCAGCUGAGGGUGCUCCGUGGGAUUAUUUUGAACUUUUCCAUCCAAUAGACAACCAAUUAUCCUUUCAGGAUGCUAAAGGUUCGAAUCGUGUUUUGGAGGAUGCUGAGGUUAUCACACGUCUCAGAGAAGAGGAGGGUGUUCCAGAAUUAGAAGAGGAAGGGGGAAAGCCCUCUACAAAUGAAAGGGAUGAUGAUUUUACAGAUUCAGAUAGCGAAUUUGACAAACCCUCUAGUGAACCUCUCGUUAAAAUGUAUAGAAAUCGUAAUGAGGUGUUGGAUGAAAGUGUUGCUUCGGAAACAGAGCAGCAGAAUGUGGAGACUGUGGUCAGUAAUGGACUAUAUGAAACUGAUGAAACUUCUGAAGUGGCACCAUCUAAGACAACAUCUUCCGUGAUCACACUCCCUAUGAAUGGAAAACACAAGGAAUUUGGUUCUGAAAAUAAACUACCAGUAAAAGACUUUUUUUCAUGUGUUAAAGAAAUUGAUGAUCUGUUUCUAAAGGCUUCCGAAUCUGGAAGAGAAGUUCCGAGGAUGCUAGAGGCGAAUAAAGUGCGUUUCCGCCCUUUGUUCCCUGAAGAGAUAGCACAUAAAUCAAAAAUAUCGAUGUAUCUUACAGCUUGUUUUGCCUGCUGCACAGAAGAAACCCAGCUUCCACAAGCUCCUCCUCAAAAUGAUGUGAAAUAUUUGACAUGGCAUAGAUCGGCUUCAUCACGCUCUUCGUCAUCUAGAAACCCUCUUGGACCAACAUCAAAAGAUGAAGUUGAUGACCCCAGCAGUAAUCUCUUUGGCAGCAUAUGCAUGAAUUCAGGCAGUCAUGCGUCCACAUUAGAUAGAUUAUAUGCAUGGGAGAGAAAGCUCUAUGAUGAAGUCAAGGCGAGUGGUAUCAUCCGAAGGGAAUAUGAUAUGAAGUGUAAGCUGCUAAGGGAUCAGGAUUCAAGAAAUGAAAGCCGGUUCAAAAUUGACAAAACUCGCGCAUCUGUAAAGGACUUGCACUCUAGGAUUCGUGUUGCCAUUCACAGAAUUGACUCAAUAUCAAAGACCAUUGAGGAAUUAAGAGACAAAGAAUUACAACCACAGCUUGAGGAGUUAAUUGGAGGCUUGACUCGGAUGUGGAGGAUGAUGCUCGACUGCCACAAACAGCAAUACAACCUCAUCGCCUCUGCAUCCAACAAUGGAACCACAAAACUCUCAUCAACCCGCUCCGAAUCCUACCGCCAGGCCACUAUUCUCCUCCAAUUCGAGCUCACUUCUUUGUGCUCAAGCUUCACAAAAUGGAUGCAAUCUCACAAAUCCUACCUCGAAUCCAUCAACGGGUGGCUCCUCAAAUGCAUUUUCCUCAUACCCGUUAGGCAAAAGUCCUCUCGAAGAAAAAACGCUCAGUUCUCUCCUCGAAGAAGCUUAGCUCCUCCAAUCUUUGUAACUUGUAGAGAUUGGCUUAAACUUCUUGAUGAACUUCCUACUAGAGAAGUAUCCGACGCUAUCAAAGAUUUAGUUGAUGUUACCGCCCAUUUCUUGCCUCGACCAGAAAAGGGCCAUCACGGGAAGAAGAGAGGAGGAAACUAUGAGGAGUUGCAGAGAAAUGAAUCAAUGGUGGAUUGGAGUUUGAACUACGAUACGUUGCAAUCAUGUUUGGUUGUGCUAUUGGAUAGAAUGAAAUCCUUCGCUGAUGUUUCCGUUUCAAAGUAUGAGGACCUACAGAGUUCCAUUGAUGAGGCUAGAGCUGUAUAUGACAGAGAUGAGAAGGGUGGAAUGAGGUAACUCAUGUUGUUCAGAUUUGUAAAUUAAUGAAAUAAGAACGGGCCAAUAAAGAGGCCAUAAGCAGAAUUGGGGAUGUUUGGGGUCAAUAAGUUCAUUUUUAUACUUGUAGAUGCUUUUGAUCAAGGGUAGUCAUUUGUAGAUGUAGGCAAAGUUGAGAGUGGGGUUUGUCAUGCCUACUGUAUGUUGUAGAGGUGAGUUGUGUAGGUUUGGCCACACAAGUUUAAUAUAUGUCCAAAGUUUCAAGUGAUUUCAUUCA